UUUCGUGAUCCUACUUGGAAAAACUCAGUUUUGGGCCACAUCUGUUUAUGCUGUUGUACGUCUAAAAUUCUGAAGAUUGUAAUGUAUGUGGGCUUGGCAGGCACUGGGGCAAAUUGGUCAGGCUCCUCAUGUAAAGACUCAUAUAGACAGCAUGACCUCGCAGAAACUCAUCCGUUUACCUGGUUUGAUUGAUGUCCAUGUGCAUCUGCGGGAGCCUGGUGCCACCCAUAAAGAGGACUUCUCCUCGGGCACAGCUGCUGCCCUGGCUGGAGGAAUCACUAUGGUGUGCGCCAUGCCCAAUACCAACCCUGCCAUCAUUGACCCCAGCUCCUUUGCUAUGGCACAGAAGCUUGCAAAGGCUGGGUGCCGCUGUGAUUAUGCUCUUUUUGUGGGGGCAUCAUCAGACAACGCUACAGUUCUUCCAUCCAUUGCAAGCUCUACAGCUGGCUUGAAGAUGUACUUGAAUGACACGUACUCCACUUUGAAAAUGGACAAUGUUUCUCUGUGGAUGGAG